AUGGCAAAUUCUUGUCACAAAGCAAAAACCUUUUUUGGUACUUGUCAAGCCAUAUACAAUGUCUUUUCUAAUUCUACAAAGAGAUGGACUGUUUUAUUAGAAUAUAUUGAUGAUUUGACUUUGAAAUCUUUAUCUGCUACUCGAUGGGAAAGCCAUAUUGAAAGUGUUAAAGCUAUCAAAACUCAAGUUGGCCAAAUUAGAGAUGCUUUAGUACAAUUGGCUCAAGUAAGUGAGGAUGGAAGAAUGUGUAGGGAAGCCGAGUCUUUGGUUAAUGGUGAGCUUUCAAGUUUUGAGUUUAUUGUGAGUUUGGUUAUUUGGCAUGAAAUUCUGUAUAGAAUUAAUUUAGUGAGCAAGAAGUUACAGUCUAAAGAUAUGCUUCUUGAUGUUGCAAUACAAAAUCUAAAGGGAUUAGUUGAAUAUUUUGAAAAAUAUAGGGAAAGUGGGUUUACAUGUGCCAUUCGUGAAGCUAAAGAGAUUGCAAGUAAUAUUGGAAUUGAACCUGAGUUUGUUGUAAAACGUUUUUUCUCAAGGAAAAAACAAUUUGAUGAAAUUCCAAAUACAGAGAGAGAACACCAAUCCGCUCAAGAGACAUUUAGAACUGAUUAUUUUAUUGUUUUAGUUGAUAUGGCUCUUUUGCAGUUACGAACCAGAUUUGAACAAAUGCAAGAAUUUGAAUCUAUGUUUGGCUUCUUGUUUGAUGGGCGAAAUUUGGUUACUAUACAUGAUGACGAGUUAAAAAAAUGUUGUUUAAACCUUGAACUUGCUUUAACAAAUGGUAAUGAUUCUGAUAUUGAUGGCGAAUAUUUGUUUAUAGAGUUACAAGCUUUGCAGGGAAUGCUACCAGAAGAGGCAUCUAAAAGUGGAAAUCCUUGGACAUCGAUACAAAUUAUGGAGUUUGCAAAGAAAAUGGACAUGUUUCCACAUGUCUUGCUUGCUUACAGGAUACUAUUGACCGUACCGGUGACCGUAGCAUCUGCGGAAAGAAGCUUUUCAAAGUUAAAGUUGUUGAAGUCGUAUUUACGGUCUACCAUGAGUCAAGAAAGAUUGAACGGGCUUGCAAUCUUGAGUAUUGAGAGUAAGUUUUUAGCUAAUAUUAGUUAUGACGAAGUGAUAGAUAUUUUUGCUUCAAAAAACGCAAGAAGGCAUCGUUUUAGGUAA